AUGGCGUUGAAAAUGGGGAACAGCGUUUUUGUUCUGCUUGUCACUCUUCUUCUUCUUCUCGUCGGUGGUGCUUAUUCUGUUUCUGCCCCUUCCUCACCUGCCAGAAUUGUUAAUGGGUUGUUCUCGAAUGCAUUUUCCAUGCUGAUGAAAUGGAUUUCAUCUCUCAAGACCACAACUAAAACUGCUAUAGCAGGGCGUCCGAUGAUGAAAUUUGAGGGUGGUUAUAAUGUGGAGACUGUGUUUGAUGGGAGCAAGCUUGGGAUCGAACCUUACUCUGUCGAGGUCUUGCCCGAUGGGGACCUUCUUAUUCUUGAUUCUGCUAACAGCAACCUUUACAAGAUUUCAUCCUCUUUGUCCUUGUACAGCAGGCCAAGAUUGGUUUCGGGGUCCCCAGAUGGAUACGCAGGACAUGUUGAUGGUAGAUUGAGAGAGGCCAGGUUGAACCAUCCUAAGGGGGUUACAGUUGAUGAUAGAGGAAACAUUUACAUUGCCGACACAGAUAAUAUGGCUAUUCGGAAGAUUAGUGAUACAGGGGUCACAACAAUAGCUGGAGGAGGUAAACGGGGCCGUGGGGGUGGACAUGUGGAUGGACCAAGUGAAGAUGCGAAAUUUUCAAAUGAUUUUGAUGUUGUAUAUCUUGGAAGCAGCUGUUCUCUUCUUGUUAUCGACCGUGGAAAUAAGGCAAUUAGGGAGAUACAGCUCCACUUUGACGAUUGUGCCUAUCAGUAUGGAAGUGGUUUCCCUCUUGGAUUUGCCGUGCUUGUGGCUGCUGGCUUCUUUGGUUACAUGCUAGCUUUGCUUCAGCGUAGGGUCGGUUCAAUCGUCUUGCCUCAAAAUGAUUACAAUGGAGCAAUGAACGAGGGUGUCUCUCAGGGUUCGUAUCAAAAGCCAUUGAAGUCUUCCAUGCGGCAGCCGCUAAUCCCGACCGAGGACUAUCCGGAAAAACAAGACGAGACCUUUUUUGCAUCCCUAACGAGGCUAAUGGCCCAAACCAUGGAAUCCACAGUCGAAAUCUUAUCCGGCUUUUUCCCCAUUUUCAAGAGAAAGCCUCCCCACCCAGACCCACAUCAUCAAUACAAGCAGCAAAUCAAGUACUCCAACACUUGGCCCGUUCAAGAAAGUUAUGUCAUACCCGACGAGGAUGAGCCCCCUUCCAUCGACACAAGGACACCGACUCCUAAAAAGACGUAUGCUUUCAUGGCAAAAGAUUCAGAGAAAAUGCAGCAGCUUAAACAGAGCAGGGCUUUUUAUUCAGGAUGGGAGGGUGAUUUCCAGAAGCAGAGCAAGAGUCACCAAAAUCAGUUCAUGUAUCGCUCGGCUCCCCCACAGACGUACUAUGAGCAGAGUUCUGAGAUUGUGUUUGGGGCCAUUCAAGAACAGGACAAGGAGGGAAAAAGUGUGGUGAUCAAGCCUCUGGACCACCAUGCUUAUGAUAACAACAAGGUUCGGGCUCGGGCUGGGUACGUGCGCGGGCCGUGA